AUGGGCAAGGCAGCUAAGAAGAAAUACUCGGGAGCUCCAACAACUUCAAAGCAAGUUGAUGCUGAAAAACAUUUAAGCUCUGUGUUCAAGUUUAACACGGACUUAGGUCAGCAUAUCUUGAAAAAUCCACUGAUAGCCCAGGGAAUUGUCGACAAAGCUCAGAUCAGGCCUUCAGACACUGUGCUAGAAGUGGGUCCUGGUACUGGUAACUUGACCGUACGUAUUUUAGAGCAAGCAAAGAAUGUUAUCGCGGUGGAAAUGGAUCCAAGAAUGGCAGCUGAAUUGACCAAGAGGGUGCACGGAACACCUGUUGAGAGAAAACUGGAGAUUUUACUCGGUGAUUUCAUGAAGACCGAACUUCCCUAUUUUGAUAUUUGUAUCAGUAACACUCCAUACCAAAUCUCAUCUCCAUUGGUUUUUAAGCUAAUCAAUCAGCCUAGACCACCUAGAGUGUCCAUUCUGAUGUUUCAAAGAGAAUUUGCCUUGAGACUGAUUGCAAGACCGGGCGAUUCGCUUUAUUGUAGGCUUUCUGCCAAUGUACAGAUGUGGGCAAACGUGACGCAUAUAAUGAAAGUCGGGAAGAACAAUUUCAGACCACCACCACAAGUUGAGUCUAGUGUCGUAAGACUCGAAGUCAAAAACCCUAGACCACAGGUAGAUUACAACGAAUGGGAUGGUCUACUGAGAAUUGUUUUUGUGAGAAAGAAUCGUACCAUCUCCGCGGGGUUUAAAUCUUCGACGAUCCUAGAGAUUCUCGAAAAGAAUUACAAGACCUACCUAGCUAUGAACAAUGAAAUGGUCGACGACACGAAAGGAUCAAUGCUCGAAGUGGUAAAGUCUAAGAUUAACACAGUGCUACAAGAGACAGAGCUCGCAGACAAGAGAGCAGGUAAGUGUGACCAAAAUGAUUUCUUGAAAUUACUCUACGCUUUUCACCAAGUCGGAAUCCAUUUCUCUUGA